AUGAUAGUAAGAAACGCUGCAGCGCGGCAUGGCCGCCGCGCGCUAGCGAGCCCAAUUUCACGAUCGACCCUACGACAACUCUCAUCGGAGAGCUUACCAACGGAGCCUGCUGUUGCCACGCCGCCGCCCAAGGCUCAAUUGCCCGCUGAUCACAUGAGGGACAAUUCUCUUGCGAUGUCAUCGAAGCAGUUAAAGAUGUCGAAGGCCAAGGAGACCAUCAUGACCCUAGGUUCUAACUCGACGCCCACACACGAGGGUCAGUCGUGGACAAGGUCUCGUAAGAUUGGGGGUUCCAAGGAGCUUACUCCCUGGGAUCAAUGGGUCGAGUUUCGAAAAAUCCGGGCCAAGACCAAGAAGCUGGGAUCGGUAGUAAAACGGCAGUACAACCCAACCGACCUCAUUAACGACCCGCCUAGACCGCAAGAUGUGACUCUUGAGCUUCUCAUGGCGUCGCAAACACACAUGGGUCAUCAUACAUCUCUCUGGAAUCCCGGCAACUCUCGAUAUAUCUACGGUGUACGCGAGGGUAUUCAUAUAAUUUCUCUAGAGACCACUGCUGCCCACCUUCGACGUGCUGCACGUGUUGUGGAAGAGGUGGCAAGAUGCGGUGGCCUUAUCCUCUUCGUUGGAACUCGAAAGGGACAGAUGGAAAUUGUUACCAAGGCUUCCGAGUUGGCAGGUGCAUGCCAUGUCUUUACCAAGUGGACCCCCGGUGGCAUUACGAACCGAGAUGCCAUCUUGAAGUACGCCACAACCAAGGUUGUGGAUGAAAAAGACCAGCCAUUGGAGGAUUUCGGGGUCUUCACGGAAAACGCCCGACCUCUUUUGCCUGAUCUGGUGGUUUGCUUAAAUCCUAAGGAAAACUACACUCUCCUUUAUGAGUGCGGGCUGAAGGACAUUCCUACAAUCGGUGUUAUUGACACUGAUGCUGAUCCUACAUGGGUUACCUACACUAUUCCCGCCAAUGAUGAUAGUUUGCGGUCAAUUGGUGUGAUUGCAGGUGUUCUGGGUCGUGCGGGUGAGCGAGGACAGGAGCUUCGUAAACUCGCCUCGGAGAAGAAGGAGACCAUCCCUUGGGAGACAUCCCCCACUCUGAACGACUUCAUGGCCAAACAUCGACGAAAUGUCCAGAAGGAGCAGCGGCUGGCUCUGAGUCGCGCGAAAGACAACGUCGUAGGAUUUACCGAGGAAGAACAGGACAUUCUUCAAUCCCAGUAUGCCAGGGCGGAGCUAGACAGCAGCGAGGCCGCGAUGCUCGAAUCACUGGGAGAGACCGCUACUGUGGAUGGAGUUUCAGAACCUACCACAUCUGCCCCCAACUUGGGGGAAAUUGAAGCCCAGCUUGCAAGCGUGAAGGCUAAGGCAGGGGAAGUUGAGGCUGAGCUUAAGGGGCUAAACAACUAA